CUCGCUCCGGUCGGGGCCGGGCCCAGACUGCGCAGGCGCGCGGAGCGGGCCCCUGGCGAUGCGCAGGCGCCGCGCCGGGAAGGCUCCGACGUGGUGCGCCGGCGACUUUGCGCGCGCGGAAAGAUGGCCGAGGGGGCGGCCAAGUCGGUGCUGUUCGUGUGUCUGGGUAACAUCUGUCGAUCGCCCAUCGCAGAAGCAGUUUUCAGGAAACUUGUAACUGAUCAAAACAUUUCAGAUACUUGGGUCAUUGACAGCGGCGCUGUUUCUGACUGGAACGUGGGCCGGUCACCAGAUCCAAGAGCUGUGAGCUGCCUAAGAAAUCAUGGCAUUAACACAGCCCAUAAAGCAAGACAGAUUACCAAAGAAGACUUUGCCACUUUUGAUUAUAUACUAUGUAUGGAUGAAAGCAAUCUGAGAGACUUGAAUAGGAAAAGUAAUCAAGUUAAAAACUGCAGAGCGAAAAUUGAACUACUUGGGAGCUAUGAUCCACAAAAACAACUCAUUAUUGAAGAUCCCUAUUAUGGCAGCGACUCUGACUUUGAGACCGUGUACCAGCAGUGUGUGCGGUGCUGCAGAGCCUUCCUGGAGAAGGUUCACUGACCCGGGUCCAGUCCUGCUGUGGCCCAGGCUCGUCCCCAUAGGCCGUGUUCUCCGUUGAGUGUCACAGUGUCACCAUUCCCUAGCCAAAGCCACAGCCCUUUCUUCAGUUGAUUCACUGUUUCUUACCCUUAAAAAAUAAUUGUAGGUGGAAAUUGUUGUUGUGUUUAGCAGAAGAAUAAAUAAAAAUUUUUGAUUCAGA